CUUCAGGAGGAAACAGGGCGCGAAUUCGAGAAGAGGUCCUGUUGUCCUCCCCAUACUGCUGUUCUGCAGCCCUGUGAGUGUUUACCGCUUACUCCUGAAGUUUCAUUUUCCUCGUUCAAGAAGUCGUUUGGGUGCAAAGAUGUCCAAAAGGAAAAGUAGCUCCGCCAGUGACAAACCCCACAAAAGGAUAAGACCUGGAAAAGGAGAAGAUGAAGAAGAAGAAGGAGAAGAAGAAGAGAAGGGAGAUGGUAAUGUAAAUCACAGUGAUGAGGAAGAUGAUCUACUGAGCGAACAGAUGCCAAAAGCUGGUGAGGUGGUGAGCGAUGCAGGGAUCGUGGAGAGCAUCACUCUGAAGAACUUCAUGUGCCACUCUAACCUCGGACCAUUCACCUUUGGUCCCAAUGUCAACUUUGUUGUGGGCAAUAAUGGAAGUGGAAAGAGUGCUGUUCUGACGGCUCUCAUAGUUGCCCUCGGCGGGAAUGCACAGGCCACAAACAGAGGAUUAUCCCUCAAGGGUUUUGUGAAGCAAGGAGAAAGCUCGGCGGAUGUGUCAAUCACCCUGCGUAAUAAAGGAAGGGAUGCGUACAAACCUGAAGUGUACGGUCCAGCCAUCAUUUUGGACCUGAGGAUAACACGAGAAGGAUUGAGAACUUAUAAACUCAGAGCCAAAUCAGGUCAACUUGUCUCAAACAAAAAGGAGGAGCUCCUGUCCAUCCUGGACAAUUUUAAUAUACAGGUCAACAAUCCUGUGUCUGUUCUCACACAAGAGAUGAGCAAAUACUUCCUGCACUCCAAAGGAGAGGGCGAUAAAUAUAAGUUUUUUAUGAAGGCUACCCAACUUGAGCAGAUGCGAGAGGACUAUGUCUACAUCAAAGCCACCAAGCAUGUCACAGAGGAAAAAGUUCAGCAACAUAGUGAAUGCUUGAAAGACUUGAAGAGGAAGUACCUGGAGAAGGAGGAACGUUAUAAUAGCCUGGCUUCACUAGAUGAAAUGCAAACCAAGCUGGAGGAGCUGCAGAAGCAAAUGGCGUGGGCUUUGGUUGCUGAGUUGGAGAAGGAUACAAAACCCAUGAAGGAGAAGCUGCAGUCAGACCGGCGUGAUACAGAGAAAUAUGACCAGAAGGUGGAUGAAUGGAAGAAAAAGGUCAAGGAGGCUGAAGAGAAGCACAAGCAGAUCCAGGAACAGUUGGAGGGAAUCACUCAGCAAGUCCAAGAGCUACAGCCGAAAAGUUCUGAGCUCAAGGCCGAGGUCCAGCGACAAAACACGCGCCUGAACGGCAGCGAGGUCACUGUCCACAGAUGUAAGGCUAACCUGAGGGACCUGGAAAAGGACAAGGUCCAACUGUCCUCAAGGUUAAAUGAUCUAAAGCUAAGUAUCAGUCAGACGACAGGAGCAGAGAGCCAGGCCAGGACUGAGCGUGUGCAGAAGAUCCAGGCUGAGCUGGAGAACCUGACACACCACAUCUCCACACUGGGCCAGCAGAUUGACCAAUACAGUCACGCCAGCAGCCGUGCCAAGGAAGAACAAGGAAAGAUGAGGAGAGAGCUUGAUGUGCUCCAGAGGUCCAUCGAGGUCAACAAAAGGAACCUGCAGACUAUGGAGAGCAGCCGAUCUAAUCGCCUGAGGCGUUUUGGAGAGCACGUGCCUGCACUCUUAAACGCCAUCGAGGAAGCUCACAAAAGGGGCAAGUUCAAGCAGAGGCCCCGGGGACCUCUGGGUUUCCUUAUCAGCCUGAAGGACCCUGAGCUGGCUCUGGCUGUAGAGGUCUGUCUUAAAAGCCAGCUGUUGGCCUUCACUUGUGACAACCACGAGGAUGAGAAGGUGCUGCAGGGCCUGAUGAGCAAAGUGUUCCCACCUGGCCGUAGACCUGCCAUCAUCACCAGCACCUUUCUCAAAAACUUCCACGAUACAAGAAGAAGGGCUGUGAAUCACCCUGACUACCCCUCCGUGCUUCAAGCUCUAGAAAUGGAAGACCCUGUGGUGGCCAACUGCCUGAUUGAUCAGCGAAAUAUAGAGAGUAUUCUACUCAUUAAGAAUCGUACUGAAGCUCGUAAAGUGAUGCAGGGCAGAAACCCCCCUCAAAACUGCUCCCAGGCCUUCUCUAAGGAUGGAGACCAGAUCUUUACUAACCGCACUUACACUGCUGAGCAAACCAGAGCAAACUACCUGUCUGGAGAUGUGGAGGAGGAGAUCAGGCACUUGCAGCGGGAGAUAGAGAACCAGAUGGGUCAGGCUAACCGCUUCCAGCAGCAGAUGAGAAGAUUAGAUGAGGACAUCAAACAGAACGACGGGCUGCUGAAAAGGACCCACUUGGAGCAGAAGUCAACCAAAGACAAGGCCACAAAGCUACAGCUGGAGCUGACAGACCUGGAAAAUGUGGAAGAGCCGCAGUCAGAGGACCUCAAGCCUUUGGAGGAAGAACUUCAGGAGAUCGUUUCCAAGAUCUCAUCAAAGCGUGUGGAGUACGAUGAAGCUCGGGCUCAGAUGGCAGAGUUCAAGGCCUCCUAUGAGAAGGCAGAGCAGGAGUACAAGCAGCACAAAGAACAGAUCAACACAGUCGCUGAGGAGGCCGACUCGAUAAAGGAGGAGCUGAAUAAAACAGAUCAGGCGGUGAUGAAGUGCAAGCAUCACAAAAAACAUUAUGAUGAAAAACGCAGUGACCAUCUCCGUAGCAUCCAGGCCCUCGAGGCCACCCUGGAGAGCAAGGAGCAGGAACUUCAGACAUCUGUUGCCAAGGCAACCGAAAUCUCUCCAGAGCGUCUGGAAGUACGACGGGUACCCAGGAGUCUGGACAGUGAGAUCAGCCGCCUCAAAGCUAAGAUAGCAACACAGCAGGAGCAGCAGGGGGACCGAGAGGAGGUUAUAAGGCAGUAUAAAGAGGCUUUGGAUAACUACAACAAGAUGGCUCAGCAAAUGAAACACCUGAACAGCUUCAUCAAAUGUCUGGACAAUGUCAUGAACCACAGACUCCAGGUUUACUCUGAGCUCAGAAGAUUCCUCUCUGCCCGCUGUAAAUACUACUUUAACAGCACACUGCUCCAGAGAGGCUUCACUGGAAGUAUGACCUUUGACCACAAGAAUGAAACCCUCUCCAUCUCGGUGCAGCCUGGUCAGGGAAACAAGGCUGACUUGAGCGACAUGCGCACGCUGUCCGGAGGCGAGCGCUCCUUCUCCACAGUCUGCUUCGUCCUCUCUCUGUGGGCUAUCACAGAGGCGCCUUUCCGCUGCCUUGACGAGUUUGAUGUUUACAUGGACAUGGUGAACAGGAGGAUAUCGAUGGACAUGCUGCUGAAGGUUGCUGCUGGUCAGCGUUACAGACAGUUCAUUUUCCUCACUCCGCAGAGCAUGGGUUCUCUUCCUGUGAGUAAAAUCAUCCGCAUCCUCCGUCUCAAAGAUCCUGAUCGGGGCAAUAACGACGCACAAAACGGGCAAGAGGAGGACCAGUAGUGUUGCUUCAGGUUCAUUUAACAUCACGUGAGCUAACACGACUCUUGACGGGCACCAGGACGGCCUGCAUGAGAACAAGACCCUCGUCCUUUGGGGAACACUUGUGAAUGUCAUGGAAGUUCAGCCAUAUUGUUCUUAACUCAUCAAGGUUUUCUGCUUUGAGAAGGAUUCCGUUUUUUUAAAGCAGGGAAAAAAAGUACAAAUACAAAGUUACAGGCACUGUUAUAUUAGGGAGAUUUUAUAUCCACUGCAAAAACAUGUUAAAUGGUUUGAACAUACAAGCAAUUCAUGUUUAAAAUGUUUGUAAAAUGUCUUGUUCAUUAAACUAAAAAGUGAAA